AUACUUCGAUAAUCUGUUGUGAGUUGUGAAGGAAAGAUUCAGGAGAUGAUAAAUGAAAUUUUACCCGGUGACAAAGUGAAAAAAUCAGUGGUUUGCAAGUGAGCUGAGAGGCACGGUCAUCAAUUCACAGAAAUUGCGUUCCGUAUUUCGCGUAAAGUUUUAAAAUUAGACGUAAGAAUUCUCUCGAAGUAUGUAAAGUUUCCUGUCAUUGUGAAGUGCCAAUCACUGAUAAAGCCGUUCGAAAAUGACUUGUCACAGUGGCUCUGUUUACACAUCUCUUUGUUUGUUCGCACUCGCAUUUCUAGUCCAAUGCAACGCAGAAGUUACAGAAAGGAAAUGCUUUUCUACGGAACUGGAACAAUGUUGGACUGGAGAAACCUGUGAAAUUCACCAUUACCAUGCUGGACAAGGUGGUUUACCGGAUGGUAUUUGUGUGUGCCUCGGAGACCACAAAAGAAACGAAGAGGGCUACUGCAUCCCUGUGAAACCACAUCCUAGGCUGCCUACGCCAGCAAAAGUCAACUCUGAUACUAAGUCCUCAUCGGCAUCCAUAGCUGCUGGGGUCCUUGUUCCACUGUUCUUCAUUGGCUUUGCUGCCCUCUUCAUUCUUGGCCGUCGCUAUGCUUGGUGGCAGCGACUUAGACAGCCUCGUAUUAGGCACUAUGAUACAGCACUAGUUGGGGGUGAUCUUGAUGAUGAUCCUCCAAUUGCGUAAAGGUGAUUUUAGUGUGUAUCCUUGUGUUGUUAUUCAAUUUUAUUUUUUGUACAUUGGAGUCAAACAAUCUAUUAAGUGAUAUGGUAUUGAGUUCACAUGCCUGUUUCAAAGGUAAGCUAGUCCAGUUUUUUUGUUGCUGCUAUUGUAACCUGGGCAUUUUAGUCAUUUCACUAAACAACAUUUGUCUGUAGACAGAAGAAAAGGCUAUAUAACUGAUAUUGUAUGGAUCAAAAGUACCAAAUUAAGGUAAAGAUAAUUUUAAGAAAUGGUGUAAAUUUUUAAUAUUACUCAUAGUUUUGUGGAGGUACUGACUAAAGCAUGGUGUGAUAUUCGUUUUGGAGAGAUAUAUAUAUCUUUCUCAGAUCUGAAGUUCAAGUCAUGUAACUCAUUGAGUUGAAUUGGGCUUCCUUUUUUUUAUUCAUCCCAAGCCCAAGAUAGAGAAAAAGAGAGAAUUUUCCUGUUUUGUCUGUCCCUGUAUAGCUGGCUGGGUAUUAACUAAGUGUAUGUGCUUUAUUGAAGAGAAAUACCAUCUUUUAAUUACAUAAAUGUUUAAUAUUUUAUCUAAAAUGAGUAAAAUUUCUAAAUUCUCAUUGAUUAGUAAAGAAUGAUUUGUAUAUCAGAUUAUAACUACUGUUCUCUUAUAGAUUGAUUGUACAUAUGGAGUAUUUAUAGAUAGAUGAAUCCUUACUAGUCAAAUAGUAUUUGCACAAUAUGCUUUUACAUGUCGGAAAUAUUAUAUUGUACAUAUGGGUCUGUGGCAUUCUUUGUUUUUAUUUGUCAUUGUGAUAUACUGGCAGAUGCAAGCGUAAUUCCUUUACAUAUGUUUUCACUAAAAUCAAUGUAAUUGUUGCAUUGACGUUUUAACUCCCCACAGAUUAUUUUAAUAUUGUUAGGUUGUGUUAAAUGCUGUGUUGAUGUUUCCUUCUAAUACAUGUUUCCUACAAUUUUCUAGAAUAUUUCUAUUUUUUUUUCUUAGGUAUGUAGUGUGAACUGAGUUCCAGUACAUUUUUGGUUGUAAUUGACAGAAUAAUUGAAGUGAGUAAGCAGCAAAUGUCUUUGAUCAUAUUGGUUUAGGGCUGUGUUAUCAUGUCAUUCCACUGUUAUGAGUCGCAUCCUUCUUUUAUUAUUCAAAUUUUGUACAGGAAGUUUUCAAUUUUAAAUUUCAAGGAGCACAUUGCUUUCCAUUCGAUGUCAUACCUUUGUUUUAUUUAGAUGUACAUGCUUUGGCAUUUCGCACAAAUUGAUACAAUGAAAGAUUUGAGAACUGUCAAUAGACUGAAUAAUUCAUUAUGUAAACUUAUUUUUUACUGAUAUGUAUAUGCUAGGUAAAGCUUAUCAUUCAUUCAUUGAUCUCAAAAAUGCAGCUAUAAAUGAAUGUAGCAUUAUGCUAGCAAUGGGUCUCUUUCGACUUUGAAAACUUUCAAUGGUCUGCAAUAAACAUGAAAAACUGACUUUUAGCAAUUUUUAGUUUUUUGACUGUCAAAGUGAGUCUUUCUUUGCAUAAAUUUUGACUGGCCAGUCUGCUAAGUUUAAAUUGAGGCAUGAAGAGGUUCACUUUGACUAACUUUGACUGUCAAAAACUGGAAAUGGCUCUAAUGAGUUCUCAGUGAGUUUUUCUGUGUUUACCGGGUUGUUUCAGUUCAGCAUAAAAGAUCUUUGCCAAGAGCAACCCUAAUUCGACCUAGGAUGGCCUAACAAGAUGAAAAUGAAUUGAAUCGAAAGCCAAUUAGGUUUUGUAACUCUCCUGAAUAAUAAUUCUAUGAUAAGAAAGAAAAGCUGUGUUUUUGCUAGGAACUCUCACUCUGCUUCUUCUGUCAACAUCUAGAAAUAUUUUGCAAUUUCCAGUAACUUAAAGCUUAGUUUUAUGUUGUCAGUGCUCUCAGUGCAACAAGCGCAAUGUUGUUGCGGUGUUGCCUUUGAGUAUUAAGGUAACAUGAAUUAAAUUCUUCAUGUUGGUUCUUGUUGCAGGUUUUUACUGUCAUUGAUCUUUUGUUUCCUGGUGUGUUUUUCCAAGUUUUUAAAAUUUUAUGUAAAAGAAGUCUUUUCCAUCAUCAGACUAUGAACUUUGCAUGAACACAUUAUUACCUAGCUGUUCCCAAGCAUGGCAGAAAUUUUAUCAAGUCAAAAAAUAUUUGUUAUUUCAUUUUUGUCAUAUUCUUUGCCUCAAGUAACUGUAAUGAUUAAAUUACAAUUUUGUAAAUCUAAAAUAGACAAAUUUGAACACAACUAAA